AUUCUUUGUUCGAGAGUUUGAUUGAAGUUUCGUCAAUGGUUAAUGUUGUGAAGGGCAUCCUCGUCGAAUGCGAUGCUGCGAUGAAGGAGUUCCUGAAUCAUCUGGACGAAACCAAAGCUCUCGGACAAACGUUCAUUAUUCAGGACCUAGAUGAAACCCAUCUUUUCAUAGCCAGUGAAAUCAUUGAUACCCUCCUGAACAAAGUUGAUGAUCUCAUGGAGAGGCUGUCGUUCCCGAUCACGGAAUGAAUUCACUGAGCGCUCGUGUCCAGGGUGUCGAUAACUGAAGCCUUCAGUGGGGCUCGGGAGCAUGAUGGAAGACAUACGUGAUGAUGGUACAGUCGAAGCCUUCGAAGUCAUCGAGUCCGAAGACGUUCCUGGCGGAGACAACGGAAUGUCGUCGCACAUGUACGAGCAGAAUAAGAGGCUUCGGCGACAUCAAUGUCAACAGUGUCCGAGUAACUUUCCUCGACAAACGGAACUCAAUACACACAAGUGGCUCGUACACGGCAUUUUCUGCUCGCUACUCGUCGAAGAAUGUCCCGAGCCGAAUUGCGACUUUACCUGUGAAUCGAAAGGAUUGCUCUUGGAGCAUCUGCAUUUCACCCACAAUGUCGAUGUAAAACUGGUUUCCGCCCAGUUCGAGACAGAGAGCGAUUUCGAUGUUUGGCUGCAGCAGUUUCAGUACGAGAACUCCUCAGAUUUCGUUCUUUGCACGACGCAGAGUAAUUCCAAAUAUCGGACUCGUUUGUAUACGUGCGUCUUCGAGGCGCAACCGAAACGCUGCGAUCCCCAUAAGAGCCUGCGCGUUAAACGGCAGUGCGCCGCUCAUCUUCUCGUGAAAGUUCCUCGAGUUGACGGUAAGGGCAAAGUUGAAGUAUUGGGAUCCUCGCACCACAAUCAUCUGACCGCUCCUCUUCCGCAAAGAGAACUUGUCGAGGACGAGGAAGCCGUCAUGAUGCCGCAGUCAGCGUCGCUUUCCGAAAUGUUUCAAACGGCGCAACAAGUAAUCCAGCUGACAGACGAGCUCCGAGUCGAUCUCGCUGCUGAAAAUCCACCGUCGGAUCAUCUCGCUCAAGUGGAAAUGAAACUUCUUCAUCUCAAACAGAUACUGCACACUUAUGAUCAACCGUCAGCUCUGACAGUGGUUCCCGUUCUCGAUGAUAUACCCCAUGUCGCAGAAUCGGCCGUGAUUAUGGAUGCCGGUCAAAUAGAGAUCGACUGCGAUGCCGCGCUCAACGAGCAGGAGCAGAUCACGAUAUCUUGAGUCUUGUAAAUGUUCGUUCAGUUUUUCAAAUAAAUUCAUCGACGAUCGU